UAAAGAGACCCUCUUUACCGGCAAUCGUGAUUCAUUUGUUGUUAGUAGAAAAAUGUCACAAAUGUAAAUAAAACCGCAAUUAAAUCAUGUACAAACCAACUUCUAUGUUGCUGUCGGGUCCGGCGUUCUCCUUCUUGCUGUACGAGAACACCAAGGCGUCGUUUAUGCAGGAGGGAUUUCUGCUAGGAGAGGUGGUGCACAAGGAGAAAAGAACGAUAACCGACAACGAUCAGCAGCAAAUAAUGAGUUCGACCACGAUUAAAGUGAACUCCGUGGUGCCUUGCCCCAUGAACCACUACUUUUACGAUAGUGUGGGUAAAGUUGAUCGUCGUAAGAUAGAGGAGUUUUUGGGGGCGCAGUUCGAGAGAGUGGUGGCGUGGUAUCAGUACAAAAAGGUCGCCAACUUCCAGCUGUCGCUGCGGCACAAAAUCAUCCACAAACAGUUAAGCGAAGUUUUCAAUAUAUCGCCUGAACUGUUUACUACCUGCCUUUUGAUAACUGAAGCCUCCGAGAAUUGUUCCACGCAUUCCUAUCAGCAAGCCUUCUUCAGGUUCAACAAUUACAUGUACGAUAGAGUGCCAGUACAUAUUACCAACUUAAGUGAGAAUAAUAACACUUACAAAUGUUCCGAGGCGUCUUCAGAGACUUUUAGUAGAUUGUUGAGUGGUUUGAAGGUGGACAUCAAUAAAAGUCAGGGUUUGGAUGUUAUAAAUAAAAUACACCAAGCCCUACAAGACCACACAGAUUCGGUUGUAAAGGAACUGACUGCAGCUGAAAAACGCUUAUAUGAAUUGGAAACCGAAGUCCAACAGCUGUCUCAAGCCAAAAAAGCCAAGGAAUUGUGGACUGAGAAUCAAAGCAGCAACCUGGACAAAAGCGGGGAGAUAAUGAAAAACACCAAAACGCUUUCCAACAGGGGAAGGGGUAAACGAAAGGCCAUAACCUCAAACGACCGCAAUGGCUCCCCAGUUAAUAAUGUUGACCAGUCCAGGACGAGAAGAACGAUUUUGUAGUUUUAGUUAUGCAAUGUUGAAAUAUUUUUGUAUUUUUAGGUUAAUAAUAAAUAUUUACUUUUCUAUUGGUUCCAGUAGUUUUAUUUCAAUGAUACUAAAACUA